AUGCCAAAGAUCAAUUGCAAAGGCUGCAAAAGAGUAAUAUGUACUAAAUGCAGUGGACUAAGUGCAACAGAAUUGCGUGUUGUUGCACUCCAAACACCCAAAUUGUCGUACCUAUGUGAUGACUGCGAGGAGGGGCUAAGGCAGAUUCCAGAUCUUCGCAGACUUGUAACAGAACUUCAACAGCAGGUUCAAGAGUUAAGGAAAAACCAUAUAAACGUAGUGAAUUUGGACACAGUGAUAAAUGAAAUUCAGGAAAGAAAAAAUCGUAGUCGUAAUCUUAUUGUGUUUGGAAUACCUGAAUCUACAGCAAAUUCACCAGAAGAAAGAAAAAGUCAUGAUAAAGACCAGGUUUCUAAAACUAUAACGUCACUGGCAACUCCAGAACCGGAAAUUCUCACUGUCAUCCGUUUGGGUAAACCUGUAUCCAAAAUUGAAAAGCCGCGUCCUAUCAAGGUAGUCCUGGCCAAUAAACAUAAUGCUAUAAAUGUUCUGAAAAAUAAAGGUAAGCUGCCAAACUCUGUUAAGGUAAAGGCUGAUAUGACACCAUAUCAAAGAGAUCAACUUAGGAGACUUCGCGAAGAACUUGCGGCUAGAACCGAAAAAGGUGAGCAAAAUCUUACGAUCAAAUAUAUCAAUAACAUACCAAAGAUUAUAACAACUACAAAAAACUAG